AUGGUAGAGACUCUGCCUCUCCCCAAAGCCGCCUCCUCGAGCAGGACCACAAUGGCUGCCCCCUUUACAUCUGACGUGUUUGACGAGGCCGCAGCCACGGCGAGUCAAAAUACAGCGACCGACGACUUGCUGGCGCUGCCAGCGUCGCACCGCACCCGCAGGAGCGACCACGGCCCCGGCGACGACAUCGUGCUUCCCGCGACGCACAUGCGCGAGUUCCUCCAGAACGAGCUCCUCGUGCCGCGGCUCAACGAGGCGGCGCCGUGGCUGUGGCAGUGCGGGCGGCCGAUGCCGCCGCGGCCGCUGCACUACCAGCUGCUCCUGCGGCGUGCGGUUGCGGUGACCGAGGACCCGGACCUGCACCUCGUGUGGUCCAAGGGGCGCAUCUUUGUCAAGCCGCUGCCGGCGUGGCUGCUGCGGCGCAGCGUCUGGGAGGCGCACCUCGGCGGCGGCGGCGGCGGGGACGAGCAGCUGGGGGCGUGCGCGCGCGGGUUCCUGUUCUCGUACUGCGCGCUCGUCGCGUACCGGAGCGACUUUCGCAUCGCGACCGAGACGGGCCUGCUGCCGGAGCAGCUGACCUGGGCGGCGUGGAAGGCGCUGUCGAGGCAGGUGCUCGACGGCCACAGCUACGCACAGGUGAACCCGCGGUACUGGUACGGCGAGCUGCGCCUGGGGCGGCUCAACGGCAUCUACCGGUUUCGGCUGGGUCGGCUGGUGCGCGGGUACACGGCGGUGGACGCGCCGGCCGUCUACACGGACCUGCUACAGGACAACCUGGGCGUGCUGGCGGCGCUGCUCGUCUACGUCGUCGUCGUGCUCACGGCCAUGCAGGUCGGGCUGGCGGUGGACGACCUCAAAGCGAACAGCGCGUUUCGGAACGCGAGCUACUACUUUACCGUCAUCUCCAUCCUGCUUCCUCUCGCGGGCGUCCUGGUCAUUGCCGUCCUGUUCCUGCCCAUCUUCUGCACAAACUGGAGGGCGACGAAGAGAUACGAGGCGGACAGGUUCCGGCAUAUCGGGGUGGAUGGCAUCAGAAAGCAGGAGAGGGGGUCGUCCUCUUCUUUGCAGGCUUGA